AUGGGUGAUUCUUCUGAUCCUAAUCAAUUUACAAAGACGCUGACAUAUGCUGAAUGCCUAAAGGGCAAGAAGGUUUUACCAAAAACCAUUGUUGAUUUGGCUACGUUACCAAACCCUACAAAAAAAGAGGGUAAACCUACUAUUGUUAUUCCGGAAGAUUUAUACUUGGAAGGAUGUGCGAUCUGGAGGUUUAGCCUCAUAGGCAGGCUGGAUUUUAAGGAACUAGUUUUCCCAGAUGUGAAAAAUAAUUUGUUGCUACAAUGGCAGAUGGUUGAAGAUCGUGUUCAAUUUGUGCCGUUGAAUAGGGGUUUAUUCAUCAUCAAGUUACAGUCACAAGGAGAUAAUACAAAGAUUUUAGAAGCAGAAAAAUGGAUUGUUGCGCAACAAAAUCUGACUUUAAUGGAAUGGUACCCUACUUUUGAUCCUGAUAAACAACGAUCUUCUCGUGCUACAUUCUGGGUUAAAUUCCCGGGAUUACCUGUUGAGUUUUGGAUUGAAAAAACUCUUUUGUUCAUGGGUAAAACCCUAGGUACUCCUAUUGUGAUCGACCAGAGAACUUUAGCUCAUGAGUAUGGGCACUUUGCUUCUAUUUUGAUUGAUAUUAAUUUUGCUGAACUAGAUACUGAUGGUAUUCACGUUUAUGUUGGAGGUUUAGAAUUUUGGCAGCCUUUUGACAUCCUAAAGAGGCCGAAGUUCUGUUAUAAGUGCAGCAUUAUUGGGCACUCUGAUUCUGAAUGUCGCAAAAAUCAUAAGAACUCAGCUAAAGUUGCUGACAGUGCGCAACAACUUGUUUUAGUUCCUAAUCCGAAUGCUCAGACUAAUCCUGAAGUUGGUAAGGAGUGA